AUGGCGGACGGUCACGUUCACGGAAGCUCCAACACAAGUGUUAAUAAUCACACUGCUAGUUGGGAUUCCAACAUUAUAAAUGAGUCAAUUAAAUCAGAGAGUAUUACGUACGACGGAACGAGAGUAAAAUGGUGUAAAGAUUACGAGUCAUUGAAAAUUUUUAUCGAAGCUGCUUUCGGCUUAGACGGGAAAUGGCGGUCUUUCGGAGAAAGCUCGAAGAAGUUUGAUGCUGCAAACGCCGACUUCAGUACAAUAUGGUACCCAGGUAAACUGAAUACUCUUACAUUUAACGGCAAAAUAGGCAAACAAGCAAAGGAAAACCUAAUCAAUCGCUGCGAGUUGUCGUCUAUGAGUGAUGUCGAAAAUACAGUGAAUCGUAAGGGGCUGGGCAAUUGUAUUGAUGAAGUUAAACACCCACAAUCAAACACUACGAGCGCGCUUGGCUGCCCUAAUGCUUCGUAUAAGAAUGGAAAAGCGGUUACUGAUGCCCCUGUCCCGUUUGAAAAUAAACAAGAUGGUAUUGUUCAUCGCCUGGCUCCUGUUCUAGCUAAUAAACUUUCCCAGGAGGAACACACUGCGUUGAAUAACUGUGCUUGUAACUGUGGAGUUUUGACCGCCGAACUCGAAGGGGUCAAACUCGAGUUAGUUAUUAUGCAAAAGAAUUUCGAGAUUAAAUUGGACUCUGUUGUUAGCAAAUUUGCAGGAGAGCAUGUCAAUAUAUCCCAACUUAAACAAGAUUUUUCCCGCGAAAAGGAUAAAAGUAAUCGACUCGAAUCGGACCUAGCUUUGUUUGUAAGAGAGAGAAAUAUCGAAGUCGACGAACUGAAUGAAACAAUAGCUUCACUCCAUGAUAGAAUUAGAACCGUUGAAGCGAUUAAUGAUCAACUAACACUUCCAAAUAUGUGCAUAAAUUUAGAAACAACAUCUAAAUGUACCCAAUUAGAAGGUAAAUCAAUUGAAAUGCAAAUUCAGAACGACGACCAGAACGAUGAACGAUGUUCAAAUAAUGAGUACCAUACAAAGCCACAGGACAAAGCUAGAUCUGUGCCCGUUGCAAAUCCUGAUAAAGUAAGGUCGCGCAAAAAAAAACAACAACAACCGGAUCGACCAAAGUCCCAACAAGCUGAAAACUUGCAUACGAAAUCCUCGAAUUGGUUAAAUUACCUACCGCUUUUUGAAGUACCGAGUAGAAAACAAAGUGAGGAAAUUGAGAAUAAAAAGGGAAAGAUUAAUAAGGAAAAUUUUCCUUCUCGCCCUGGGAACAAUUGCAGUUACACGGAUUACCAUUUUCCCACUCGGAAUUAUUACCCUCCCUUCCGGAAACACCGUGGAAGUUGGCACUCAACCCACCCACCGUCUUACCAAGAUCGGAGGGAAGAUUGGCUGAAUUAUCUGGUUUUUGUUCGCCAAGCUCUGAGGACUUAA